AGUUAAAGGUUAAAAUUGUUUUGUGUAGUUAUAGAUUAAUGUAAUAUCUCCUAAACUUAAUAGUUAGCCUCGAUAAAAUCAGUUAUCUCACAAGUACAACUUGGAAAGCUGAAAGUGAAAUACAACUAACCUUAACUAAACAAACAUUGAAGUUAUUACUUGGUGAAUAGUCAAUCUAUAGGACUACAAAUCAGAUUAACUUUAUAGAAGUAGGCCUAAUCAAACUUUAAGAAGAUUACCUUGCUCAGCUUGACAUGAUUUAUGAAGGAUAACUUACAACUUGGACAUUUAUAUUUGUUGUCAUGAUAAAAUAGGCAUAGGCCCUAGGCCUAGGUCUAGGCCUAACUUAAGGCCAAAUAUUGGAAAUCCCUUUAAUGACAGCGUAGGCCUAUAAAGUGAGAUUUCAGAUUGAAGGAAGUUAAGGUGUUAGAGAAACCAACUUGUGAAAAAUUAAAUCUUCUAAAAAGAUGAGUGGAGUGGAUAAAGCGGUUUGUUACAUCUGUGGCAAGGAGUUAAUGAACAUAAAGUGCUGUAACCGUCAUAUAAAACGCAUUCACAACGUUAACACCAUUGGCGAGCCUGUGGAACCAGCAGAGAAGGUAACUUGUGUUACAUGUGGAAAACAGUACAGUCAGAAAAGCUCUCUACAACGGCACAAUGACGCUGUUCAUAAUGUAAACAGCAAGAAAUCCUUGCCCAAGUUGAAAUGUGAUACGUGCGAUUAUGAAACUAUUUUCAAAUCUAAUUUGCGACGUCAUUUAAUGAAGACACACCAAAACAAAAAUCCGAAAAGUCUUAGAAAAUUUAUAUGUUCAAUGUGUCCUUCCAAUUUUAGUAAUCUGAGGUCCCUCAAGUACCAUGAAAAAACUAAGCAUAUGCUCGGGACAAAAAAGUAUCCCAAGAGGAAAUGUCCGUUGUGUGAUUAUGUUUCAUAUGAAAUAAGAAAAUCAGUAAUUUACAAACAUUUUGAGACAAAGCACAACAUAGUGAUGAAUUGGCAAACACACAAUUUUAACUCUCAGGAGGAUUUCAAGCUGUGGAAGAGGAGUGUUGAACAAGAGAAUGCCGUGUAUUACAUGGCAAAAUUUCGGUCUGAGAAGGAUUUAUACUACACUUGUAACAGAAGUGGAAACUUUGUUAGUAAAAGUUCUAAUAUCAGGAAACUGAAGUCUUCAGGUUCAUGUAAAAUAAAUGGAUUCUGUCCAUCCGCUAUGUUUGUAAAUCAAGAAAGUGACAGUGUUGUUGUUAAAUAUUUACCAGUACAUGUGGGUCACGAAAAAGAUCCAAUGUACUUGAGAAUAUCCCUAGGAGGUCUCGGAUGUGGUAGAAAGUACAAACGAGCGAUGAGAGAAAGAAGAGAAAGAGAAAAAUCAAAAAUAAAAGAAACACUUGUUGAAGAGAAUGCUUUUAUAGUUGCUGUAAUUGGAGACAAUGACAUAAUCUCAAAUGAAGUGGUGAUAGAAGAAAAUAAAGUGGUGAUAGAAGAAAAGGAAGUGGUGAUAGAAGAAGGCAUCGUUCAAGAAAUCAACGGAGAAGCAGAUAUAGAUAAUGUUGCCUCUGAACCUGAUAGUUACACUGAAGAUCACGAUACAACGCUGUAUUUAAAAAAAGUCAAGUUGUUCCAGGAGUUUCGUGAAUUUGAGGGGUUCUUACAGAAAAAUUUAACAUCAAUCGAACAGAUUGAAUAUGUGAGAAGAGAAAUAGUCAAAAUAGUAACGGAUAUUAACGUGUCAAAUUCAGCAGUAAAUAUUAAAUAAAAAGAUGAGUGGAGCGGGUAAAGCAGUUUGUUACAUCUGUGGCAAGGAUUUUAUGAACCAAAAGUACUGUAACCGUCAUAUAAAACGCAUUCACAACGUUCACACUAUUGGCGAGCCUGCGGAACCAGCAGAGAAGGUAAUUUGUGUUACAUGUGGAAAACAGUACAAUCAGAAAAGCUCUCUACAACGGCACAAUGACGUUGUUCACAAUGUAGACAGCAAUAAAUCCUUGCCCAAGUUGAAAUGUGAUCAGUGCGAUUACGAAACUUUUUACAAAAGUAAUUUGCAACGUCAUUUAAUGAAGAAACACCAAAACGAAAAUCCGAAUAGACAAUUUAAAUGUUCAAUGUGUUCUUCCAAAUUUAGUCACCUGAAGUCCCUCAAGUACCAUGAAAAAACUAAGCAUAUGCUCGGGACAAAAAAGUAUACCAAGAGGAAAUGUCCGUUGUGUAUUAUGGAGCCUAAGACACUGGGUUGGGCAGAUUAUGUUGUCUUGGCCAUUACUCUGUCCGUGUCUGCCUCUAUUGGGAUCUAUUUUAGACUGACGGGUGGCCGGCAAAAAACAAACAAGGAGUAUCUGUUAGGAGGCCAGGACCAAGGUAUGUUACCAGUGGCCUUCUCUUUGAUGGCUAGUUUCAUGUCUUCCAUCUCCCUGUUAGGAGUGUCAGCAGAAAUCUACAUGUACAGCACUCUCUUCUUUAUCAUCAACUUUGCCUACCUCUUGUGGACUCCAGUGGCCGCCUACCUCUACCUCCCAGUCUUCUAUAAGCUGCAAGCCACCUCCGCUUAUGAGUACUUGUACCUGAGGUUUGGCAGCAAGGCUCGUACCUGUGCCUCGCUCAUGUACUCACUACAGAUGGUGCUGUACAUGGGUAUUGUGGUGUAUGCUCCAGCCAUUGCAUUAGAGGCUCUCACUGGACUCAAUCAGAACAUCUCCAUCGUACUGGUGGGAGCUGUGUGUAUGUUCUACUGCACACUGGGAGGAAUGAAGGCUGUCAUAUGGACAGAUGUAUUCCAAUCGCUGCUAAUGUUCGCAGCAGUGAUCAGCAUAAUCUUCACAGCAGCAAAGCAGAAAGGAGGUCUCAGUCAGAUAUGGGAGAUUGCUGAGAAAGGAGACAGAAUACAGUUUUUCAACAUCAACCCAGACCCUACUGUGAGGCUCACGUACUUUUCUCUGCUGAUUGGCGGAGGCUUCACCUUCUUGUCUCUCUACGCUGUCAAUCAGACGCAAGUACAGAGAUACAUGACCAUGAAGGACUACAAGACGGCAGUGAGGUCCCUGUGGAUCUCUACUCCAAUACUCAUCCUGUUGUCUGGAUGCACUGCAUUCUCUGGCCUGGCCAUAUACUCAAAGUACUACAACUGUGAUCCUGUACUUUCAGGCCGCAUCAGUAGCAGGGAUCAGCUGAUGCCGCUGUUUGUUGUGGAGACUAUGGGAGAUGUGACGGGACUGUCUGGUCUAUUUGUGGCUGGUAUCUUCUCUGCAGCUCUCAGCACAGUGUCUGCAUGUCUCAACUCUCUGGCAGCCGUCACUCUAGAGGACUAUAUCAAGCCUCUCUACUUGUUGUGGUCAGGCCAAGAAGUACCAGCAGCCUACAGCGCUCAGUUGUCCAAGAUGUUGGCUCUCACCUACGGAGUGAUAUGCAUAGCAGUCGCGUUCCUCUCUCGUCUGCUGGGCGGAGUGCUGCAAGCAUCCUUGUCCAUCUUUGGCAUGGUGGGAGGACCACUUCUGGCAAUCUUCACACUCGGCAUGUUUUGUCCUUGUGCUAAUGAACCGGGUGCAGUCCUAGGUCUACUGGCAGGUUUAGUCUCUUCUCUACUCUUAGGGUUUGGAGGUCCGAAGCCUCCUCUACAUACACUACCUCUCAGCACCGCUGGGUGUUCUACUAACCUCACCAUCUACGCUGCAUCUCCUGUUUUAGCUGCCACAGUCACCCCCACAAGCCAGCCAACGGAAUACUUCUACCUGUACCGAGUGAGCUACUUGUACUACAUUGUGAUAAGUUUUGGUGUUGCAAUGGUGGUAGGACUGGUAGUCAGCUGGUUAGCCUCAGCCUGUGGAAGACCCCCUGGGGAAUUGAACCCUGAUCUUUUUGUACCUCCUGUCGCAAAAUACCUCAGACGCAAAAAACUUGAAAAAGACAUGAAAUCAAACAGAGAAGAGAAGAAGGAAGCAGAAUAUACAUUCUCUGUGCAUUUAUGAUCACAUGAUUCACCUGUUCAUCAAGUCAUUCCAAGAUGUCUUCCAUUUCUUUAGUUAUACGACGUGGUUGUGGUAGGGGGAUUGUAGGAUGAGAGAAUUACAAAAGUUCAGAGUAUGUGAUUUAUACUCCAUUUGCUCAGAGUGCGGCUGGAGCUCUGCCCUACGUCCAUGAGUGUGAGUAAGGCCGUACUUUGUAUUUUUAUCCUGUAACAGUUUUACUAACCUGUGAUCUAAAAAAUUGUUCCGAACAUAAGGGCUAUUGAUAUUGGUUCUGGUAUUACCGUAACUCAUGUGCAAUUAGUGGCAGUGUUGAGGUAAUGGAAUGAUAGUAAUUUAUUUUAUUUUAAUAAUGACGCAGUUGAAAUGAAAGUUGUUGAUUGUACAAGUUGAUUGAAUGGGUAAUUUAAUUUGCAAUAUUGAUGAAAUUGUGUGAUUGUGGCUCAAUUGAAACGAGAAAUUAGAUAAGGUAAUUUAUGAAUUUCCUAUUGAACAUGUAAAGUUUAUUUGUACAAAUGCAUUUUUAAACUAUUGGUCUUUGGUUAUUGAGCUGAAUACUGUUAAUUUUAGUUAAAUGUAUUUAUAGAAAUGUAACUGUGUAAUUCUUAGGUAAUGUAAACAAUUUUUAAGGAGUAGGUUUUUGUGUUAUUGUUGUUACACAAAUGUACUUAAAUGAACAAAGGAACUUUAGUAUUUUAUUCACAACAACAUGAAAGGGCCUCUAUGCACAAGUAUUUUAUAGGCUAACAUUGUAUUUUUUUUAUUUUGUUAUCAAUGCAUUUGAGUUUAUAAUAAAUAUAUAUUUUCGUA